AUAAGUCAUGCCAAAAAGACAGUUGGAUCUUGAAUGGUGGUGAGAGGGGUGAUUCAUUCUGCCUUCUCUCUCUCGAGUACAAGUUCAGGGACCUAACUGUGGAAGAACUAAAGAAUGUAAAUGUAUUUUUCCCACAUUUCAAAUAUUCCAUGGACACCUAUGUUUUUAAAGAUAGUUCCCAGAAAGACCUGCUGAAUUUUACUGGCACAAUUCCUGUGAUGUAUCAGGGUAAUACAUAUAACAUACCAAUUCGUUUCUGGAUUUUGGAUUCUCACCCUUUUGCUCCACCUAUUUGCUUCUUGAAGCCAACUGCAAAUAUGGAAAUCUCAGUCGGAAAACAUGUGGAUGCUCAAGGCAGAAUAUAUUUGCCUUAUCUCCAAAACUGGAGCCAUCCUAAAUCUGUCAUUGUUGGAUUAAUUAAAGAAAUGAUUGCCAAGUUUCAAGAGGAACUUCCGCUGUAUUCUCUACCAUCAUCUGAUGAGGCACGGCAGGUAGACUUGCUAGCCUAUAUUGCAAAAAUCACUGAAGGUGUUUCAGGUAUAAAUUCAAAGAGCUGGGCAAAUCAUGAGAAUAAAACAGUCAAUAAAGUUACUGUGGUUGGAGGUGGAGAGCUGGGUAUUGCCUGCACAUUAGCAAUUUCAGCAAAGGGCAUUGCAGACAGGCUGGUCCUUUUAGACCUCUCAGAAGGGACUAAAGGAGCCACGAUGGACCUUGAAAUCUUCAACCUUCCUAAUGUGGAGAUCAGCAAAGAUUUGUCUGCCUCUGCUCAUUCCAAGGUGGUGAUCUUCACAGUCAACUCCUUGGGUAGUUCUCAGUCCUACCUUGAUGUGGUACAGAGCAAUGUGGAUAUGUUCAGAGCCCUUGUCCCAGCUCUGGGACAUUAUAGUCAACACAGUGUCCUGCUCAUUGCAUCUCAACCAGUGGAAAUCAUGACCUAUGUGACAUGGAAACUGAGUGCAUUUCCUGCAAAUCGAGUGAUUGGAAUUGGAUGUAAUCUGGAUUCACAGAGAUUACAGUAUAUUAUUACAAAUGUUUUGAAGGCACAGACUUCAGGCAAAGAAGUAUGGGUUAUUGGCGAGCAAGGAGAAGACAAAG